GUUUUUAAAAAACAAUAACAUUUGAAUAUUACAUUUUAAGAAUGUGGGUUCUUUACUUAAUCGAAUGUUGUGAUUUAUUUAAUUAAUUUUAUUGUAGAAUGUUAUUUUAAUUAAACAUUUUUAUUUUUAUAAUUUCUACAUAGUUUAUAUAGAAAUAUGGAUUCCGAAUGGAUUUGCACACAGGCUAUUAGUAUCGAAGAAACAACUAAUGACAAUUAUUCUGUAACAAAUUUUGGUUGUAUUAUUCUCAAUAACAACAAAGAAAACGAGAAGUAUAUUUUGCAAGAAGGUGAUAAUACUAUUGGAAGAUAUCCCUCAAAUAGCAUAUAUAUUGAACACCCAUCUGUAUCAAUGUAUCAUGCUGUCAUUCAAUGUGAUUCUGAUGGAGUAGUAUUAUUAGAUAAAGGUAGCUUGAACAAGACCAAACUUAAUCAAAAAAAUUUGAAAAAAAAUGUUGCAUAUUUUCUGGAUGAGGAUUCUUUAAUAACUUUUGGAGAUGUUCAAGCCCAUUAUUAUAUUAAUAGUGAGCAUAUUCAUAUUAACAAUGAAAAAAAUAAGUGUCCCAAAGAGAAAGUUGAAAUUAAGGAAGAUGAUGUAAAUAGUAUUGUUACUAUUGAGCAAAAUAAUUUAAUGAAAUUAAAAUGUAUUACAUCUAAAAAUUCAUCAAAUGUUUCAUAUAGUACUGAAAUUAUCAAAGAACAUUCUCUUCAAAAUUCAUUAUCAAGUACUAUUAUCAAUAAAUCAAGUUCUAGUGAUGCUUUUGGUCAAACAGAAUCUAACAAAAAUAAUAAUUUAUGCUCAACAUUUCAAAGUUGUUUUGAUAAAGAAGACACCCCUAGUCCAGUUAUGGAUUUGAAGGGUCCACUUUCUGAUUCAUAUAGUAUUUGUUUGAUGAAUAAAGAUAAUUCAUUUGUAGAUGAAAAAAAUAUUUUGAAUAAUGAUGUAAAUGAUGAUUCAUUGAAAUCAAAUACAGAAACAUUACGAGAAGAAACACCAAGUCCUACUAUGGAUUUGGGACUAUUUGUCAAUUAUAAUAUUAGUACUCAAUUAGGACUUGACCAAAUUAAUGUAUCUAAUAAUCAAGUAAAUAUUUAUAAUGAAGAAACACAGCUUUUUGAAAUUGAUAAAAAUUUUAGACAUCAACCAUUAAAUGUAGUAAAUUAUGCAGGAGUAAAGGAAAAUAAACUAGAAAAUCUAGAAAUAUCAAAAGAAUUGGUUAUUCAGAAAUCAGAAGGUAAUGAACAACUAAAAAACUCAAAUAUAAUUAGUCAACAAGACAUAAAAGUUUCUGAGUUAGAUGACGAUUUCUUUGACUGUCCUACUCAAAAAAUUGAGCUAUUAAAAGUAUCAAGUAAUAAUGUUACUGAAGAGUAUAAUGAAAAUGAUAACCAGACAAAGGAUUCAAUUAAUAAUUUAGAGUCACUGGGUGAAGACACUCAGAUUUUCAUCGAUCUAGAUUUUAAUACUGUUGAAACUAAUAAAACUGUAAACUUACAAAACAUAAAACAUUUUAGUGAUACAGAAUAUAAAAAUGCUAAAGAUUCAAACUUAACACUAUCAAAUAUACUACAAACUAAAAAAAAAGAGAACAGUUUAUUUAAAAAACCAAGUUUAGUUAGUCUAAAUGAAUUGGAAACCCAGAUAUCUUCCUCAAAAAAUGAUUUUUUUGAUUGUUCUAAAAAAAAAGUUGUCUUAUCUCAAACAACAAAUACAAAUUUGAAUAUUACACAUGCAAAAAAUAACUGUUUAGCCAUUGAUAAAAAUAAUUUUAAUGUAGCUGAAAAACAAUUACCACAAAACAAUAAUUAUUCAGAUCAUUCUACUCAAAAGGUUGUUUUUUUUAAAACUCCUCAAGCACCUAUGAAAUCAAUUUCUAAAUGUUAUGUAAAUAUUUUAAAUAAAUCUGAUAAUUUACAAAAAAAUGAAAGUAAUAUGUUAAAUGAGGUGGAUACUCAAUUAUUAUCUGAAUUAAAUAAUGAUUUCUUUGAUUGUCCAACACAAAAAUUAAAUAAUAAAAUUGAAUAUAAAGAAAUAAAAAAUAAUGAAAUUGGUGACAAUGAAAACAUACAAGACAAUUAUUUUGAUUGUCCUACACAAAAAUUAAAUGUAGUGUCUGAUAAUAAUAAAUGUUUAAACAAGUUGGAUAAUAAUCAUGUCAAACCUGAUAUGUUGUAUCAAAAUACAACUACAAAAAUUAAUUUAAAUGUUAAAAACUCUUCUAAUAAUUUAUUUGCAAGUCAAACAGAUAAUCAAAAACAAAGUUCAACUAAAAAUUUUAUAAAUACUUUUGAAGCAGAUGAUGAUGAUAUUUUCAAUUGUUUAACUCAACAAAUUAUUAAACCUUCAAGAGGUAAUAAUACUUUUAAUAAAGAAAACAAAUUAAUGAAGCAGGAAUUGCCCAUAAAUAAUUUAAAUAUGAAUCAAAACAAUAGUAUUGAGGAAAUUGUUAAUAAGUCAAAAGUUGUUGAAAUAGAUUUAAGUGAAGAUUUUUUCAAUUGUCCUACUCAGAAAAUAUCUUCACAUCCUAAGUAUCUUAAUCAAGAGAACAUUCUAUUGAACAAUAUUUAUGAAGAAGAAACUGAAAUUUUUGAAUGUAUACAAAGAAAAACGAUAAAAAAGAAUGUUGUGACUUUUAGUAAUAAUGAUGAAAUUCAUAAUAUAACUGGAAUUAAUUCAAAUAAAAUAAAUAAUGAUGAUUUCUUUAAUUGUCCAACACAAAAAAUUUCUACAUCAUUUUCUAAAAACUCAACCAAAAAAUCAGUAACGGAUAUAAAUGAAGAAGAAACACAAGUUAUAUCAGGCAUAAUUAAACCUCAUAAAGAAGUUCAAGUUGUUUCUAAUAAUACUAUUGAUAAUAGUAUUGAAAUAGAAACACAACUUUUCAACGAACAAGAUGAUGAUUUCUUUAAUUGUCCAACACAAAAAAUUUCUACAUCAUUUUCUAAAAACUCAACCAAAAAAUCAGUAACGGAUAUAAAUGAAGAAGAAACACAAGUUAUACCUGGCUUAAUUGAACCUCAUAAAGAAGUUCAAGUUGUUUCUAAUAAUACUAUUGAUAUUAGUAAUGAAAUAGAAACACAACUUUUCAAUGAACAAGAUGAUGAUUUCUUUAAUUGUCCAACACAAAAAAUUUCUACAUCAUUUUCUAAAAACUCAACCAAAAAAUCAGUAACGGAUAUAAAUGAAGAAGAAACACAAGUUAUACCUGGCUUAAUUGAACCUCAUAAAGAAGUUCAAGUUGUUUCUAAUAAUACUAUUGAUAUUAGUAAUGAAAUAGAAACACAACUUUUCAAUGAACAAGAUGAUGAUUUCUUUAAUUGUCCAACACAAAAAAUUCCUACAUCAGUUUCUCACAAUUCUACCAAAAAUAUAAAUGAAAACGAAACAGAAGUAAUUACACAUUUAAUUAAAUCUAAUAAAGUAGGUACAGUUGUUUCUAAUAAUACUAUUGAUAAUAGUAAUGAAAUAGAAACACAACUUUUCAACGAACAAGAUGAUGAUUUCUUUAAUUGUCCAACACAAAAAAUUCCUACAUCAGUUUCUCAAAACUCAACCAAAAAAGCGCUAACAGAUAUUAAUGAAGAAGAAGCACAAGUUAUACCAUGCUUAAUUAAACCUUAUAAAGUAGGUACAGUUGUUUCUAAUAAUACUAUAGAUAUUAUUAAUGGAGGAGAAACAAACAAUUUUUGUUCAUCUAAUUUAGAUAUCACUGUAAAGUUAACCAGUAAUAUUUCUGAUUUUCCAAUGAGAGACAAAGAAGAAUUUUAUAAUUGUUCCACGCAGAAACUCUCUCAUGAUUUAUUAACCAAUAAAGAUCUUGCAAUUGUAAAAAGUGAUUUAAUUAAUAUUAAAAAAACUAAAGAUAAAAAAACCAGUAUUUCUAAACUAGAUACUUAUACGUUUGUAAAUAAAAAAAUUGAAUCCUUUUUUGAUUGUCACACACAAAAAAUUAUUGCUAAUGAAAAUAGUAAAGUAGUUUUAAACUCAAGAAAUAUGAACAGCGGUGAAACUCAAUAUUUUCACAUGAAUAAUGAAGACCUUAAUUCUAAUAAAUUUUCCCCUAAUAUAAAAAAUAGUAAUGAUAAUUCAUCUCACAAUAAAAAUAUGAAUUCUUAUAAUGAAGAUUAUCAAAAAGUUUUAAUGAAAAAUAAGGAAACAGAAAUGUCUAAAGUAAAUGUCAAACCUUCAAUUCGUAUAAGAAGUGAUUUACAUAAUACAAAUAAUUUUAAUAGAUCAAAUGUUCAUGAAAUAACUCGAGAUGUCAUUAAUAGUGAUGCCAAUUUAAAAAAUGAAAAAUUGCAUUCUCCUAGACGGUCUAAAAGAAUACUUGUUGGGAGGAAUAGUAGUAGUUAUUCAAUAAACAAUAUUAGUAUAAAACAAGAGCCAAUUUUUGAUAAUGAAAAUUGUUUAAACAAAUCAAAUAGAAAAUUUCCUUUAAAAAAUACACUUUACUUGAAACAAAUGGAUGAAACAAUUUAUAGUCCUUUAAAUUUGCUAAACUCAAACUAUGAUAUAUUAAAUUCUGCUCAGAAUGCUAAUACUCAUUUAGAUUUACCUCCUUGUAAACCAUCUACUUCUAGUGACGCUGUCAAAUGGCAAUCAUUUUGGAAUAAAAAGAAAAACUUAUCUGUAGAAAACAAAAAUAAUUGCAAAAUGUUAAUUAAUAGUAAAAUUAAUAACAAUGACACUAUAAACAAAAAAGAAAGGUAUCAGACAAGAGCUGUUACUAAGAAAGAAAAUUAUGAAGAUGUUAGUAGAAAAAGAAAGUUAAACAUUUCUGUUGAAGAAAAUAAUAAAAGGAUAUGCGAUGAUAGAAGAAAAAGUGAAACAAGUGUUUUAAUUAAGAAAUCAAAAGAUGUCAUUGUGAUGUUUAGUUUUCUGAGAAAUCUUCAAUCUAUGAAAUAUUUUGUUGAAAAAACUGGGGGUUGUGUUACUGAUGACAUAACUCAGUGCUCAAUACUAGUGACAGACAAAAUACGUUGUACCAUGAAAAUACUAUCAGCUAUUGCACGAGGGGUGCCAGUUGUUACUGCCAAUUGGCUUAAACAUUCAUAUACAGUUAAAAUGUUUCAAGAUGUGGAUGAAUUUAUUGUUGUGGAUAACGAUGCUGAAAGAAAAUAUAAUUUCCAAUUAAAAGAAUCUUUAACAAAAGCGAGGAAUUGUGGUCUUUUAACAGGAUACACUGUUUUAGUUACACCUUCAGUAAAACCAGGACCUAGAGAUAUGAAAACUAUCAUUUCAUGUGCUGGGGGCAAUUUUGUCCUUAAUUGGCCAAAGACAAUCACUGAUAAAGCACUAAUAGUAACUUGUGAUAAUGAUCGCCAGCAUUGGAAAUCUGUAUGGGACUAUAACAAAGCUUCAAUAAUAGAUGGUGAUACAUUAGUGACAUCUAUAAUCAGACAAAAACUUAAUUUUUAAUUCUUAAAUUAAGACAUUUUUAUGUAUUUGUUAGUUAUUAACUCAAAUCUAAUUUAACAAUCAUCACAUUAUUCUGAAUAGUAAUGUUAAGAUAAUUUAUUAGUGACAAACCUAGUUACCUAUUUUAUUUUAAAUGUACCUGAGAGCAAACACUAAAAAAUAUAACAAUAAAUUAUUCUCAUAAUUUCAUUAUAAAUAAAUGACAUGUUUAUUGUAAAUCAAAAUAUAAUUGAUUUUCUAAAUUAUUGUGUACAUUAUAUUUAUACUAAUAUAAUUUUAAAAUAUCUUCAUGAAGCUUUUAAAGUUAAGGAGAAUAAAACAAAA